AUGGCCUCCAACAAUGUUCAACUUCAGUCGUCGGUUCUUUUUAAAAAUCAAAGCUUUCGGAACGCUGCUACCUAUUCUAGGUAUCUUAGGCGCUUCCAAGAUCGUCCCCUUUAUCCAUCCUUUUCCAUUCAGCCCACUGCCUUCUCCAAAUACGACAUGAACAUUUCUGCCUAUCUUGACAAGCUAGGGUGGGUAUCCUUGGUGUCCAAUAUGCGCUUCAGCCAAUGUCCGGAAGCUGUGCGUCUCUUCUAUGUCAACCUCCGACGUGGUCCUGGGAGUGAUCCCUCUUUUUUCACUACUCUUGUCUAUGACUAUGAAAUCAAAGUGACGCCUGAUCUGCUGGCGUCCGUUCUGGACAUUCCUCAUGCUGGCAUUCGGGCUGGAACAGACAGUGAGUUCCACCAUUUUGGAUUCAGGUUCGAUCAAGAACUUGUCUCUCUUGUGCAUGAUAUCGGACGCUGGUUCCCGUCCCAGCUUGCUGCGAGACGUCUGCCAGACGAUCUCAAGGUUCUGUUUUUCUUUCUCACUCGGUGGUUCUUGCCCCGUGACCUUGCUGGUGCCGAUAUCAUCCACUCUCCUGAUCUUUGGGUUCUCUUUAACGCGCGGGCUGGUCGUCGUAUCAGCUAUGCGUCGCUCAUGUUCCAACACAUGAUCAAAUUUGGGACUGAAUAUUAUGGUGGUCCACUGCCAUUCGGUCCUCAAAUCCCUCGUUUUCUGUAUCAUCUCGGCAUUGAUUUGCGUGACAAGGUCAUUGUUUGUGACGUCCCCAGCAUGUUCUGGAACGUGUUGAUGCUUUGGUUGGCCCCCGCAAGCCUGUCACUGGCUCAGGGGGAGUGCAGAGUCAGCAACAGCUGGCUGCAUCAGCUCUGGUUAAUGCAGCAGCUGCAUCAUACAAGCAAAAGGCUGGUGCUCAGAGUGCCCUAA